CUCUUUCUUUCCGUCCUACCCCCCCUCCCCACCUUUGCAAAGCCUGUCGUUUAACCGAUCCUUUCCAGGAUGGUGAAUGGUGUGUUUCCGGUGCCCUGGGGUACUCCUUGCUCUCCGGAGUUGGGUCAGAGCACUGCCAGGCAAAAGGUCAAAUGCUAUUUAAUCGGCGUCAGCCCUCAAACGAAAGCGCUUGCCCCCGCACGCUACUGGCGCGCUCGCCGUCCCGGCCGUGCCGAGCGGCCGGAGCUCCUCUUCCUGAGACGCCCCCUUGGGCCGAGGACGCCGCCGGCAGGACCGCGGUGAACUGGCUGACUAUGUAACGCAAGAGAAGAGUGCAGUAUGGGGAUGGACGAGAGGUCAUGCACGUGGAGCAGCUGAGGCCAGCGGCUUGCCCCUCCACCCCACCUGGCCGAGAGCAUGUACAGGAGGAAUGGGCUUAUGGGAAGUGUCACCGUCACUUCCGCCACUCCAGAGGGGAGCAGCAGCUCUGAGUCCCUGGACGGGCGGAGCGCGGACUACGCCAAGAGUUACGACGCCGUUGUGUUCGACGUGCUGAAGGUGACACCAGAGGAGUUUGCUAGCCAGAUUACUUUGAUGGAUGCCCCGGUAUUCAAAGCGAUACAGCCAGAGGAACUGGCCAGCUGUGGGUGGAACAAGAAGGAGAAGCACAUUCUGGCGCCGAACGUGGUGGCCUUUACGCGCAGGUUCAACCAGGUCAGCUUCUGGGUGGUGCGAGAGAUACUAACGGCACAAACCCUGAAGAUCCGUGCUGAAAUCCUGAGUCAUUUUGUGAAAAUCGCGAAGAAACUCCUGGAACUGAACAACCUGCAUUCGCUCGUGUCUGUGGUGUCCGCCUUGCAAAGCGCUCCCAUCUUCAGACUCAGCAAGACUUGGGCGCUAAUCAGCCGAAAGGACAAGGCCACAUUUGAUAAACUGGACUUCCUGACCUCCAAGGAAGAGAACUACACCCGGAUGCGCGAGUACAUCCGCUCCCUGAAGAUGGUGCCCUGCAUCCCCUACCUAGGAAUCUACCUGUUCGACAUGAUUUACAUUGACUCCGCCUACCCAGCAUCAGACAGCAUCAUGGAGACGGAGCAGAGGACCAACCAGAUGAACAACCUUCUCCGGGUGAUCUCAGACCUUCAGGUGUCCUGCAACUACGAUCACCUGGCCACGCUGCCGCACGUGCAGAAGUACCUGAUGUCAGUGCGCUACAUCGAGGAGCUCCAGAAGUUUGUGGAAGAUGACAACUACAAGCUGUCCCUGAAGAUCGAGCCUGGGAACAGUUCUCCCCGCCUGGUGUCCUCGAAGGAAGACCUUGCAGGCUCAUCAGAGAUGGCAGCCUCAAUGAGGUACCACCGCCGGCCCACCUGCCCAGACACCUCGGUGGGAGCGCACCUGCCCACGCCCCCUCCGUCCCGCCACAGGAAGAGCCAUAGCCUCGGCAAUAAUAUGAUGUGCCAGUUCAGUGUGGUAGAGAGUAAGAGCGCCACCUUCCCCACGGAAAAGCCCCGGCACCUACUGGAUGACAGCUUCCUGGAGUCACACAGCCCUGCGCGGAACCACACGCACAGCUCAGUGUUCACCAACGGCACAUCUCUAGGCAGCAGUGAGAGCUCAUUCAGCGAAGAGCUGUCCUCCGGAAUGGAAAGGGGUCGCAUGUACGCCACUCUGGGCCCCAACUGGAGGGUCCCGGUUGGAAAUUCACCACGUAGCCGGAGCUAUGUUUACAGCCCCCCAGGAGCAAAGUCCACCUACGAGUUCAGCACCAUGAGCAGCGUCACGAUGGAGGGUCCGCUGAGGCGGAAGACUCUACUGAAGGAAGGCAGGAAGCCAACGCUGUCUUCCUGGACACGUUACUGGAUUGCUCUCUCUGGAUCCACCCUUAUUUACUUUGGGGCCAAAGCUCUAAGGGCUACAGAAAGGAAACAUUAUAAAUCAACACCUUGUAAAAAGAUCACCAUAACUGGCUGGAUGGUGGUACUGCCCGAUGACCCAGAGCAUCCCAACAUCUUCCAGCUGAAUGACCCUGAUAAAGGUAAUGUUUACAAGUUCCAGACGGGAUCCAGGUUUUCUGCAAUAAUCUGGCACAAGCACCUGGAGGACGCCUGCAGGAGCAGCAGGCCCCAGAUACCAGCAAAUCUUAUGUCGUUUGAGUAAUCGUCGCCAGACAAAAUGCCUUGAAGAAUGAAGUGCCAAGCCCAUCCAAAUGGGAAACCUGACUAAAGAAGCAAUUAGAAACCACAGGGUCCAAGAAGAGAACCUUGAAGCACUUCCAUGCGGUGUCCAUGGCCCAUGUAGGUCUCCAGUGCAGUGUGAAUGGGAGGACAAUAAGGACGUCUUUGGCACUGGAGACAAACUCUCACAUUGUGGUUUGUUUCAGAAGAGGCAGAAAAUGACCUGAAACUGGGCCAGAGUGGCAGGAAGGUGAAAGGUCGCCAUAUGGAUAUCCGUGUUGUCGUCAGUACUCUUUUGUCCUUAACUUGCUAUGUUGUGUGUGAAUUAGAAUGAACUGGCUGCCCGCGUUGGGUUCAGCUGACGGAGAAGAGGAAUGUACGAAAAUGACAAUUAAAAAACUACUGACAGUGUUAAUAAAGUAAGGCGGGCGCUAUGUGACAUGAAGGUCAGAGGUCAGGGGCCGUCUCAGAGGUUCUGUCAGGGGCCUCGCUGCGUCCUUGUACUCCGCUGCUCAAAAUGCUGAAACCUUGGGUUUUUCACACCCUGAGAAGUUCCUUUACACCCUCGGAGGUUAAAUCCCUACACUCGCGUGUACGUGCUGUAUCAUUCAAGGUGACUGUUUUGCUGGUUACGGAUGUGUAAAAAAAAAAAUAGUCAUGAAUAAGAGCUACAGCUACAUUACUUUUAUUUCUUAUUUUAUUUUGUGCUUUUUUUUAUGAUGAGCGGCAGGAUCAAGUUUCCAUGUACCGGUGACAUCACUGAAAAGUGUAAUUAAGGAAGAAGUGAUUGAACCUGUUAAGAAAUGAAAAUCAUGCCCAUAACAAACUGUCUGCAACUUAUUCUCCACUUUGUAUUUAUUGUUUAUAAAUACAGCCAAGCGAGGGUGACUGUCACCAUGAAGUAACAUCAGUCUCUGUUACGCAUUACAAAAUAGGGGCCCAAGUCUUAACCUGUCAUAUCAUUGUUACGAAACAUAAAAACGAAACCAGAACAAGAGCAAAAUACGUCUGCUGUCAGAUAACGUAACUGACUGGUGUCGAGAUUAUUUAUAAAAACACAAAGAAGUUUGAUUGCUGAAUUCCAGCAUGAUAAUUUCAUAAGAAUGCUUCCAAUAAAACAAUUGUUACAUCUACUACCUUUUCCCAUGUUAGGAAAGGCUGUGUACCUGGGGGGGAACUGGAAAAAAUAUGAUCGAGAAAUCCUAUAUUGGAAGGGUGGGGGCAUGGAUGAGGGGAGGGUUAAAUUAGACAACAGAUGUACAAGUUGUAUAAAUUAGUCGGUGUAAAUAUUUAAAUUCUCCUGUUUUCUGACUUUGUGUGCUCGCUGGGGGUAGUAAGCACAUCUGCACUUGUGUGUCACAGAGAACAUCCUUGUGGGGUUGCUGUCUAACCUCAGUGUCCUUAUGUAUUUCAUUCCUGUGAUUCAGACCUGUGUGUAUAGACAUGUAGAAUACAUAUAUGGAGAUGUGCCUAAAGAAAUUCGUCUGGCAAGUUUUUUUUUUUUCUUUUGUUUUUCAUAAAAAUACAAAAAAAGGACUUGAAUGCUGACAUGGACAGACUUUGUCAUGGUGAGACUUGUGCACAGCUUUCGUGUUGUGAUAGACUGUAGCCUGUAAACUGAAUAGAAAAUAUACAGUAUUCGAUUUUUGUUCUAUAUUAACUUAUUUAAAAUUUUAUUUAAAGUUUUGAAAUCUUGCCUGUGAGACAUAUGAGCAUAUUAAGCGUAUCGGGGAAAAAACAUGAAUUGGGAUUUCGGGGGAACAAAAACAGUGUUAUGAAUUAGCGUCUGACAUUUUCAGUGCCAUAAGUUGACAGCUGUGGAAAUUUUUCAUUGUUUUAUAGGUUUAAAUUUUUAAAGAAUGUUCUUAUAUCACUUGUUUUCCCAGAAAGGAAAAAACAGUAAGUCUAUUGGUUUUGAAAACAAAAUGUUGGCUGGUACUUUUCUUUUGCAGACUGGCCUCAUUAAUUCAUGUGGAGCCAAACUGUUGUCUAAGGUUGUUUUCAUAAUGGUAUCCUGUGGAUAAACAGAUUCAAGUUUAGGAUGGACUGUCAAGUAAGCCAGCCCUUCAGAAAAGUAAUAUCUUUGUUUUUUUUUACAAGAUAUAUUACAAGUCCCCGUUUCAUUAACACGUAAAUCUGGUUUAUCGAUCAGCCAAAAAAAAAAAAAAAACUAUGAUCUAAUGGAUCUAUGUAUCAUAAAUGAAUCUAUGUUUACAGGAAAGGGGAACAGCAAUACCUGUAGCAUUUGAAAUACUGAAGUAAAUGAUAUAGUACAACAAAUAUUGUUCUGCAAAAGGGAUUCUGGAAUAAUAUGGUUUUAAUUUAAAAUAAUCUUGAACAAGAAAACUUGGAAUUGUUUAAAUUACGAUUUGAACAAUGUGAACAUACUGAAAACUCACUGUUCAACUUGCUGAAACAAAAUAUUUUUUUGUACAUAUGAACAUUGUACUGUAAUGCUGAACAUAAUUUUCGAGUGCCAAAAUGCAUGGUUUUAACCACUUGUACAUGAAAGGAUAUGAUUUUGGAUUGUGGCUGUGCUGCAUUGUUUUUCUCAACCACACCAACUUUUUUAUACGUUAUUUUGUUUAAUGAGGGAGGAGAAGGUUUUUUUGGGUCAUAGUUGCUCCAGGAAAAGUGUUGCAUGUCUGUAUAAUUCUUUUUUCUGGUAUCGGUAGCUGUACUCAGUAUGACAGUCACUCACUUCUACUGCCCUUGUGAAUAUUUUGCUAACUUAU